CUGGGGUGGUGACUGCUGAAGAUAAAUUUUCAUAAUUUUUGAGUAACUGCAGACUAUAUCUGACCUUGGAGAUAAGAGACAGAAGACACAAUCCGAGAACUUGUCCAUAAUUUAAUUAUGCAUAGGAUUUGAUACGAAAACGAACUGAUGGGUGCAACCAACUUGUAAAACAAUGGCAGCAGCAGGAGGCGGUGCUGCAUGGACGAUCACAGGAGAGGAUCGGACCAAGCAUGACUCCCAGUUCUUCCAGCUAAGGCCAGUUAAUGGGUUUGUCACAGGUGACCAGGCCAAAGGCUUUUUCAUGCAGUCAGGUCUACCCACUGUCAUCCUGGGACAGAUCUGGACACUUGCUGAUAUGAACAAUGAUGGCAAGAUGGACAAGAAGGAGUUUUCUAUUGCCAUGCAUUUGAUCAAGAAGAAGCUACAGGGCUAUGAGCUACCCAAGUCUCUGCCAGCCUCACUGAAGGCUGAUCCAGUACCCCCUAUGAUAGGGUCCUUUGGCGGCAUGUCCGUAGCUGGCCCAGGAAUGAUGAUGGGGUCGAAGCCAAGUGGUGUGAUGGGUCAAGCAGCUAUGCCAGCUAUUGGCAGUAUGGCCCCAACAGCAAUGGUCGCCAGUCCUAUGACAAUGCCGGUCAUGUCUAAUGGAGUGGCCCCACCCAUGUCCCAAGCUGGAUUUGGAAUGAUGGGAAUGCCAACUGGAAUGGAUGGUAAACCUAGGGCUGGAUCCUUCACUGGAAAUCCUCCACAACCAAUGGCUGUUGGACAAAUGAGUUCUUUUGCUAUGCCCCACCCAAGUAGACUCAAGUACACUCAACUGUUUAAUACCAAUGACAGGAACAAACGAGGAAGUCUUACAGGUGUUGAGGCCAGGGCAAUCUUUCUACAGACUGGUAUACCACAGCCAAUCCUGGCCCAGGUUUGGGGUCUCUCAGAUAUAGACAAGGAUGGAAAGCUCACCUGCGAUGAGUUUUGUAUAGCCAUGCACCUGAUAGACUUAGUUAAGAUGGGCGUAGCGCUGCCUCCAACACUGCCUCCAGAGCUACUACCCACCAAGGGUCGCUCAGGCAGCUUUGGUCCCCCACAAGUUAACCAGGCACAUCAACCUAUCCCAGGAAAACCCAAGGAUGCGUUUGAUGACCUGUUAGGGACAAUGGGUAUGCCACCUCCUCAGCCUUUGCAGCCCCAGGUCAAUAAUAACACAAUCCAGGAACCAGAGGAAGACCUGUCACAAGUGACAUUUGAAGACAGACGAAAGGAAAACUUUGCUAAGGGUCAAGCAGAACUGGACCGUCGGCGACAAGCCCUACAGGACCAGAUGAGGAGGGAACAGGAGGCUCGCAUGCAGAAGGAGAGACAGGAGCAGGAGAAAAAGGAACGCAUUAGGCAAGAACAAGAAAUGAAACGACAGAUGGAACUAGAGAAACAAAUGGAAAAACAGAGACAGAAUGAACGAGAAAGAGAAGAACAGCGUCAGAAAAUAAUGGAACAAAGAGAGGCUGCUAGACGUGAGUUAGAGCGUCAGAGGCAGAUGGAAUGGGAACGACAGAGGAAAGAACAGCUACUAGCAGAGAAACGUAGAGAAUAUGAGCAGUUGGGGAACCUUAAGUCUCGCUCAAGUAACCUGAAGUGUGAGCUGGAAUCACAGGAAGGGAGAAAGACAGAAAUAACACAGAAAAUCUCUCAAGUUCGUAAUGGAGUGACAGAUUUCACAGGAAGUAUAGAGUCUAUGCGAGGCAAAAGAGAUACCAAAAUGUCCGAAAUAGACCAGCUACAAAAUGAACUACAGCUACUUAACCAGAAUUACCAACGUGUUCAGCAAGAGAGGGAACAGUUACAUAUUCAGAUGCAGACAACUGUCCAGAGCAACCCUCUGUCGGAAACUCACCGAACAGUAUUACACAGUGUGGAACUGAAGAAAACAACCAUACAGAAGAUGAAGAAAGACCUGGAACAGAUAGAGAGGGACACAGAAUGCCAACUUCAAGAGAUAGAUAACAACAACUCUGAUCUCAGUGAACUAAAUACCAAGCUGAAAGAUCUCCAGAAUGAAUUGAUUACACUUCAGACACAGCAGGCCUCAAAUCAACAGAAAAGUAAAUCAGAGGCAGACAAUGCCAGUAAAUUAAAACAAGAUAAAUUACGUAAAGAACUAGAGGCCCAGAGAUUGAGGGAGGAAAGUGAAAAGAAGGAAAAACCUGCAACAACAAGUGACGGAAGUUCCUGGUUUGCUUUUGGCAAUGAAAACAAAACAACAGAAAGUAAUCAGGAUGAUAUAUGGAGUAGUGCAUUCAGCUCAGAGAAUUUAAAAGCUGCAGAGAACAAACAAGACAUAUGGGCAUCAGCCUUUUCUAGUCAGUCAAACACAGUAUCCACUGAUGCCAAGAAAACCAAAUACAAAGUCUUGUACCAGUUUGAUGCCCGGAACCAAGAUGAAUUAGGGUUAACGCCUGGUGAAAUUAUCAUGGUGCCAGAAGAUCAGAGUGGUGCAGAGCCAGGAUGGAUGGGAGGGGAAAAGAAUGGCAAAACAGGCUGGUUCCCCAAAGAUUAUGUAGAAAUUUUAAAAGAGGAUGCCCCAUCUAGUCAGUUUUCUGUGAUGGAUGCCUUUAGUGGUGCUAUAACGUCGACUCAGAGUUCUGUACCAGUACAAAUCACGCCAGCAGAGAACAAAGCUGCGUCCUCAACACCACCUGCCAAGUUUGUUGAUGACUCUUCCUUCUCCGUGGUACAAUCUAAACCAAUUGCACCAUCACCUACUCCUGGUCAGGGCACUGCAGCUCCCGACGGGCUCCAGGCUCAGGCUCUCUAUCCAUGGAAGGCUAAAAAGGACAAUCACCUCUCCUUCAACAAAGGUGACAUCAUUGUUGUGAAGGAGCAGCAGGAAAUGUGGUGGUCUGGCGAGUUGAAUGGACAGGUUGGUUGGUUCCCGAAGUCUUACGUGAAGUUAAAAGGUACUGCGCUAGCUGGAUCUAAUAGAAGUUCCAGGUCCCAGACGCCCACUCUGGCUGCUGAACAGGUCGAUGGUGGAGGCAGUGCUAGGUCCACACCCCAGUUACCUGCCCCUGCUCCAGAAGGCGAGAGCUAUGUCGCAAUGUACAACUAUAGCUCGGCAGAAUCGGGAGAUUUGAAUUUUAACCAAGGUGACAUCAUCAUGAUAACGAAGAUGGAAGGAGAUUGGUGGACAGGUUCAAUCGGAGAUAAAUCUGGAGUAUUCCCAGCUAACUAUGUCAAAAAGUCAGAUGUACAGAUUGCUUCUGACGGUUUUGGUUUGCCUGGUAACCUAUUUAACUCAGAGUGUAAUCCCCCAGUACAAGCAGUAUUAGAGAGUGCUGCAGCUGCUGUAUUUGACCAAAAUCUGGCUUCCAACACUCCAUCACAGUUUCCUCAACCUACUUUUGAUAUGUUUGAUUCAAAGAAAGAAGUGUCAACCAAUGAAUCAUCUGAAAAUGCUGGGGGAUUAGAUACAAACUUUGACUCUUUUGGUGUUGAAUCAAAGAAAACAUCACGGGAGAUGGCAUUUUCUGAUCCGUUUGGAGAUGAUUCUAUCAAAACAGGGGAGACACAAUUUUCUGCUCUUUUUGGAGGUGAUUCAAUCAAAGCAGGGGAGAAACUAUUUUCUGAUCCUUUUGGAGGUGAUUCUAUCAAAGCAGGAGAGAAACCAUUUUCUGAUCCUUUUGGAAAUGAUUCGAGCAUAGCAGGGGAGACACAAUUUUCUGCUCUUUUUGGAGAUGAUUCUAUCAAAACACCAGGAGAUGCAUCAUUUUCAGAUCUUUUUGGAGGUGAUUCUGUCAAAACAGGGGAGACACAAUUAUCUGAUCCUUUUGGAGGUGAUUCCAUCAAAACAGCAGGAGAUGCACCAUUUUCUGAUCCUUUUGGAGGUGAUUCUAUCAAAGCAGGGGAGAAACCAUUUUCUGAUCCUUUUGGAAAUGAUUCCAGCAUAGCAGGGGAGAAACCAUUUUCUGAUCCUUUUGGGGGUAAUUCUAUCAACACACAAGGGAAGGCAAUAUCUUUUGAUCCUUUUGGAGAUGACUCCAGUAAAACUAAAGGGGAAAUGUCAUUUUCUGAUUUUGGUAACUUCAACUUUGGUGGUCCGUCAUCUGUGACUAGUUUGUCUGUUGGUCAGGAUGCGCCAAUAACAAAAUCUGACAAGGAUGAUGUGCCACCACCUCUGCCUCCAGUGAGGCGGAAAAGGUCGGGAGCAAAGCAAACAAAAGAAUUGAUGGCUUUAGCACUUAUCACACAGCCAGGACAGGUAACUCCUCCUAGCAGUGCAGUGAAUACUGAAAAUGUUGAUCCGUUUGCUAACAAUGCAAUAUUUCCCAAUACACAUCAGGGGCAAGGGUCCAGCACUGAUGGUAAAGUUGGUAGUCCUGGACAGAAAGAUCCUUUUGCAGGAGAAGAUCCUUUUGCUAAUGGAGAUAAUACUGCUGCGACGAUGUCUGGCCCAUUUGCAGAUAUUCAAAAUGAUUCAACUGGGGGCUUGGGCACAGGAACUGACCCAUUUGCGGGAACAGACCCAUUUGAAAAUGCAAGGAGUAAUGAGCUGUUCGGAGAUACUGGUAUCACGGGUGGAAAAGAGAUACUGGAUGGUGUAAAUAGUCAAAAUAAAUCUGGAGAAACACUGGCUGAUCCAUUUGGAAGUGAUGACCCAUUUGCUGGUACAGAAAAUAAACACAUGAGUGAAGUUUUAGCAUUAGGUAGAAAUCUAAUGUCCCCCAACACUGACCAAGAGGUUUCUAAUGCAUUUGCAAAUGUUCUAACAGAAGGUGCCAACAGCUUCAAUUUGAAUCCUGCUCCAGCAGCUUCCACGUCACAAAGUAAAUCUGGCUCACUACCUUUGAAAAAACCAGAGAUAGCAUCAGUGAUAGCCUCAUACACUGCCACCGGUCCAGAACAACUCUCACUGCAACCAGGACAACUUAUACAGGUUCGCAAGAAAAGCCCUAGUGGAUGGUGGGAAGGUGAACUCCAGGCGAGGGGACAGAAGCGUAAAAUUGGUUGGUUUCCUGCUAAUUAUGUGAAAUUGUUAGGGGCAUCCAGUAAACCAUCAACACCUGACACCACCCUACAGGCUCAAAGUGGCUCCUCUUCUCCGGCAUCCACGAUAAACAGAACUAAUACUCCCACCAUACCUCCACCACAACUGGGAAGUCAACCAACACAGCCAGAGGUCAAGUACAUUGACCAGGUGGUGGCCCUGUAUCCGUACACAGCACAGAAUGACGAUGAGCUGACAUUCCAUAAUGGAUCUGUGAUAAACGUCAUCAGUAAGGAUGACGCAAACUGGUGGUCCGGAGAAUGUAACGGCCAGAGUGGCAUGUUUCCCUCCAACUAUGUUGACGCUCUCACUACUUCACCCCCACAGGAACCAACAUGGUCCAGUGAUCCGGCGGUGUUAGCUGAGACAUCGGCUCAGGAGAGUAAACGACAGAACUAUGUCCAUGAAUUGAUAAACACAGAAAUUACAUACAUGGAUGACAUGUCAGUCGUCCUGGAUGUGUUCCAUAAACCAUUACUGGAGGGCAAUGGUAUGACAGAGGAGGAAUUGGCGGCCAUCUUUGUCAACUGGAAUGAGUUAAUCGUGUGCAAUACAAAGUUAUCAAAAGCUAUGAAGGUUCGAAGAAAGAUGCGUGGAAAAGGUCAGGUGAUCCGUGUGAUAGGAGACAUUUUAUGUGAAAGCUUGCCACACCUGACACCCUAUAUCCGGUUCUGUAGCUGCCAACUCAAUGCUGCAGCUCUCCUUCAACACAAGACAGAAAACUCACCUGAGUUCAAAGAACUUCACAAGAAAUGUGUGACAGAUCCACGGACUAAGGGCAUGCCGCUUAGUAGCUUCCUCCUGAAACCAAUGCAGAGGAUCACAAAGUACCCGUUAAUGAUAGGAAAGAUCUUACAGUACACUCCAGUGGGUCAUCCUGAUCACCAGAAUUUGAUGGAUGCCUUGUCCAAAGCCGAGGAACUGUGUAGCCAGGUCAAUGAGGGCGUUAGGGAGCGGGAAAAUUCUGACCGCCUCGAGUGGAUUUUUAGUCAUGUCCAGUGUGAUGGUCUACCAGAAAAAAUUACAUUUAACUCGGUAACAAACUGCCUGGGGCCAAGGAAGUUAUUAUAUCAGGGCACGUUGUAUAAGAAUAAAAGUAACAAGGAGCUGGUUGGUUUCCUGUUUAACGACUUCCUGUUGCUGACAGUUCCUCUGACCAGUUCCACGUCAGUGUUCGUGUUUGACCCCAAAGCAAAGGCUCAAUACAAGAUGUAUAAGUCGCCAAUUUUCCUGAAUGAAGUGAUGGUGAAGAAGAAUACAGAUGAAGAUUCUGAAACCUGUCAGUUCCAGCUGUCACAUGUAGACAGAGUGUUCAACUUGCGAGCUACGAACCAGACAGAACGAGAUGCUUGGUGUAAGAAUAUGGAGGCCGCAUCUCGUCACUAUCUGGAAACGGAGAAAAGGAAACGCGAGAAAACUCACCAAUCUGUCACUAAGGCCAACGUUGUUGGUCGCCUCCUGGUCAUUAUCACCGAGGGUAUAAACCUCACACCCUCACAGGACGGAAAAAGUGACCCAUUUUGUGAAGUUAGCAUGGGAGUUCAAGAACACAAGACCAAGGUCAUCAAUUCAACUUUGAACCCUAAGUGGAACCAAUCAAUGCAGUUCACCAUCCGAGAUGUAGAACAGGACGUCCUGUGUAUCACAGUGUUUGACAGAGAUUUGUUUUCUCCUAAUGAUUUCCUGGGACGGACAGAGAUAUGUGUGAAGGAAAUUAUGGACGAGAAUAAAACAACUAAAGGACCAAUCACAAAGCGACUACUAUUACACGAGGUCAGCUCGGGCGAGGUGCUGGUGAAACUAGACCUCCAACUUUAUGACAAGGACACGUAAUAGUAACACAGGAUGUCACACCCUAGGCAUUACCGCGUGUAAUGUUACAGGGUCUAGACUUUAUGAUGUGUGAGAACUCCAGUCCAGAAAUUAUAUAGAUGUCACAUGUCCAUUUUGUCUAAAUUUAGUGGUGUGUGAAAACUCAGUCCAGAAACUUUGUAGAUGUCAAAUGUCUAUGUACUUUAUAUUUUGAAUCAACUUUCUUAGAUUUGUUGUGAAGAUUUUGUGAAAAAAAAAUGGCCUCAUUCAAAAAGCUUUUAGAUAUAUUGGAAUAUUUUUAAAUCUUCAUGUGAUGAUCCAGAUUGUGAUAAGUCUUAUUGUUACUAGUUUUUUU